AUUUUCAGGUUGAUAAGCUGCUGCUAUCUCAAUCCGUUUGCUCGAUAAUGUUAUGGACGCUGAAGAGGGGGUUUCAGUCUAUGUUUGAGGCUGUUGGCGUACAGAUACGAUGGCCGACUACAGUGAAGCCACCUCCCCAGUGGUGGAGACAACGCAUGGCCGAGUGCGUGGUGUGCUGCUAAAAACCCUAUACGAUGAGGAGUUUUAUGGCUUUGAUGGCAUACCAUAUGCUGUUCCCCCGUUGGGUACACUACGAUUUAAGGAGCCUCAUGCGCUGAAGCCCUGGCAUGGGAUACGGGACUGUAGCAAGCCGCAGGACAAGUGCAUCCAAGUGAGCAGCUAUACAAAGCAAGUGGAGGGCUCCGAGGAUUGUCUAUAUCUGAAUAUCUCUAUGAAAACGUUGAAAAGCGAAGAGCCCUUGCCGCUGAUGGUCUACGUCCAUGGUGGAGGCUUCAAGGGCGGCGAUGCUUCACGGCGCGCCUGGGGACCGGAUUAUUUCAUGCGCGAGAAUGUCAUUCACAUAAGCAUUGGCCACCGAUUGGGUCCUUUGGGUUUCCUUUCCUUUGCGGAUCCAUCGCUGGAGAUUCCCGGAAAUGCUGGCCUCAAGGACCUCAUUCUAGCCCUCAAAUGGAUCAAGGCAAAUGCCCGAAAUUUCAAUGGCGAUCCCGAAAGGAUCACCCUCUUUGGGCACAGCUCUGGCAGCAUGGCCGUGCAACUGCUGCUGGUCACACCCCAAACAGAGGGUCUCUUCCACAAGGCCGUGCUCAUGGCUGGCGUCUCCCCAGAGCUGAAUCGCCUGCCCGAUAUGGAGUAUCGUCUGGCCAAGCACUUGGGCUACGAGGGCGAGAAUAUUGAUGCGAAAGUGUUUGAGUUCAUAGCUGCCGCUGAUCCAAAACUGUUGGUCUCUGCAGAUUUCUGGACGCCCCUAGAAAAAGAGCUGGGUCGUAUGAUGCCCUUUGUGCCAUCAGUGGAGAGUUAUGUGACGCCCCAGGCGGUGCUGUUGUCGGAACCAAUUGUCCUGCAGCGUACGGCGUGGAGUAAUCGCAUACCCGUGAUUAUAGGCGCCAAUAGCGGCGAAGGACUGACCUUUAAUCCGAUUUUAAGGAAUGCUACAGCCCUGCAGCAGAUACAAAAGCAUCCAGAGUGUGUCCUGCCGCAGACGCUGCUCAAUCGCUGCGACCCUGGCCAGCGGCGACAGCUAGGCCAGUCGCUGCUCGAUUAUUUCUGUCAGGCACACGGUCAUCGAUUGGUCAUGGAGCACACGGAUGGAUUGACAGAUCUCUGGACCCACAACAUGAUGCACUCGCAGGAGCGUUUUAUAAUGGCACGAUUGUCGUAUGGACAGGCACCCACCUACGUCUAUCGCUUCGACUUUGAUUCCCCGGACUUUAAUCUGUAUCGCAUUCGGUUCUUUGGUAAGGAGCAGCGCGGCGUGAGCCAUGUGGAUGAACUGGGGUACAUCUAUGUGAUCCCCGCCACCUUUAAGCUGGAUAAAUCCCGACCGGAAUACGUCAACAUCUGUCGCAUGGUUGCGAUGCUUGUGAGCUUUGCCGCCACCUCUGACCCCAAUGCAGAGCUAACCAAACCUUUGGUGCAAUGGAAGCCCGUCACACGAUUCGGACCACGCAUGAUCCUUAAUAUAAAUGAAGAACUGAAGUUCAUAGCACAGCCAGAGCGACAGAAAUUAAUGUUCUACCAACGCCUGUACGAACAGGCUGGCGUGGCUCUGUUUUAAGUAUAGCAUGGCACCCAAUAAACCCCAAAUCUAAUCUGA